AUGACCAGCCACCCGAGCUGGAUCCUCGCCUGCGUGACAUGGAUAACCCUUAGUGCUGCCACACCGCUCACUGCAGAGAAUGCACCGUGGAACAUCAAUAUCGAAACACAGCACGAGCCGGACAAGUACAAAGGCAAGUGGCAGAAUCAUGUAUACUUUCCAUCUCCCAAGGACUGGCGAUCUUUGUCCAUUUACCAGCUCCUCACCGAUAGAUUUGCUGACGGUGAUCCUCGAAACAACGAGCUCUUCGAAGGGGGCUUCGAUGUACGAGACAUGACAUUCAGGCAUGGAGGCGACUUCGUCGGCCUGACCAAUAAGCUCCCGUACAUCAAGGGCCUGGGUUGCCAGGGCGUGUGGAUCUCACCCAUCUUCCAGAAUGGCUUCAACUUCUACCACCAGUACGCGCAGAUCGAUUUCACUCUACUGGAUCAACGAAUGGGGACGCUGCAAGAGCUCCGCAAUCUCGUCACCACCGCGCAUGACCUGGGAAUGUAUGUCAUUAUUGAUGUCGUUAUGAACCACAUGGCGAAUGAGUUCUUCUUCGACGGUCAUGAAUAUACUCAGGCGCCCUUUAGGUUUCAUGAGGAAGGAGGUUUGCGCGAAUAUCUUCUGCGAGCACGGAAGGAUGAGAGCUUGAUGCACGACACGCCUGCCGGCAAGCAGCCUUAUCGGGACUUCUAUUAUGACAACACGUGGGUCCCAAGCGCGAAAUACAGUGGCAAAGUGUAUGGUCAGUAUGGUGAAUAUCGUACCGACGACGGGAAUGGCACCUAUGAUUUGUCGGACUUCCAUCACAAUGGAGACUUGGUUGAUUACUUUGACCCAUGGGAAAUCAACAUGGGCAAGAUCUAUGGCACCAUGGACGACCUUAGACUGGAACACGAGCGUGUGCAGCAAAAGUACAUUGCCAUGACAAGGGCGCUUAUUGAGAGCUGUGACAUUGAUGGCUUUCGUGUCGACACGCCCAUGCAAGUUCCGCUGAAUUUCUUCAAAGUCUGGGCACCUGCGAUGCGACAACAUGCUGCCUCGCUCGGCAAAGAGCGCUUCGGGAUCUUCGGCGAGUUCUAUGUGACGCCUUCGCGUUAUGCCACAAUGACUGGGAGAGGUCGAGACUUUACGAUGUACGGACAGGAUGUUUUCAUAGACGGUGCGGCCACAUUGAAAGGUGGCAUCGUCUAUCCUUACUAUUGGUACAUAUUUACAGCCAUGGUCUACAAGGACCCGCAGUAUGCUGAUGGUCUGGUUAUGGCCUACACCGAAGAAAACAAAAUGAUCGACACUUUCGAUCCAACCACGAACAGAUCUGAGUACGCCAUGAUGACCUUCUGCAAUAACCACGACAACUGGCGCAUGCAGAGCAUGACGGGCAAGGCUGAAAUGAGGAUGUGCCUGGCAGUGAUCACCUUCUGGCCAGGGAUCCCACUUCACUAUGCCGGCGACGAGCAGGACUUUGAUACCCCGGGCAGCGCGUUGGAUGGAUGGGCCCGCGAGGAGCUAAGUGCUUCGCUUGCCUGGCAAGCGAUCCCCACCCGCCCGGACGGGAACCCCGCAGACCGCGACAACUUCGACAUGACCAGCGAGACAUAUCGUUACAUUGCUCGGCUGAAUGCACUUCGUCGUUGGUACUUCGCUGACUUCGGAAGGGCGGAGUGCGACGUCGUCACUGCCCCCAGCCCACAGAUCCCCGGAAUCGUGGUGUUCGAGCGCGGAUGUGACAGUCUGAAGAAGGUCAUGGUGGUUGCCAGCUUUGAAACCGUUGACAACAAAACCGUCAGAAUUCCAGUGUCCUGGGUGAGCGGAACACAGCUUAGCGACAGUUUGGAGGUCCGGAACCCAUUGAUGCUCACGGUCAGCCCAACCCGUGACGUUUCCAUCAAGCUGCAGCCCCUCGCCGCUUAUGUCCUGGUUCCCCUACCCGUGGCAACUGUGCCGCCUUCGGUCGUCUCUGUGACCCCUGCUCAUGGUUCAGUUGCAGAGUGGUCGGCGGAGGCCGGGGAUGUAGUGAAUGUGACAAUCCGCUUCGACCGGGCUAUGCAGCCAUCAGUUCUGUCUGCAGCCCUUUUUGAUGGACAGCCAGCUGCUUUCCGGUGCGCGACCCCCGCGUGCCAGGAGAUCACACUGGAGCUUGAUGCAGCCUCGGUCAGCAAUCAAGUACACCACGUGUCCAUCAUCGAGACGGCAACAUCGCAGGAUGGUGUCCCUCUCUUCGCCAGCUUCCGUUCUUCCUUCGUUGUGGAUCGGGGCCUUGGGGUCCUCAGCCGCCCGUGGCUGCACAGCAUGCCGGGCCUCAUCUGCGCCAACUGGACACGGAUCUGCCACAACGCCACCGGGGUGUCCUGGCUCCGCAUCAAGAACGUCGGCCCCGGGGGCACUUGGUCCGCCUGGAAAGCGGCCGAGCCUGUCACGGCCUGGCAGAGCGCUCCCGGAAUCCCGGUCCUGGUGCAGUACCACGCCGAGGGGAGUGCCAGCUUCAUCGUCGGUGACUGCACGGACAUGGAGGGUCCUUGCUUUUCCAGCUGGCACGAGUCUAUGUUCCUGCGUGGUCAGUUCAACAGGUGGGGUGAGGCAGGCGAGGGGACAAUGGUGAAGCUGGAUCAUUUUACUUGGGCUGCCAACAUCACUCUUGACCGGUUCUUGAAGGGCAAGUUUGCACCUUUCCGAGAUUGGACGGUCUCCUAUGGGCUCCAUCCCGCCAGAGAGCUUCUUUACAACAUGCCCUCCUUCGACCCACGCUUCUACACCUUCCAUGUGGAUCCCCACAUGUCGGGAUCCGAG